AUGGGUGGUCUUCUUAAAUACGGCUAUAAAAGACCUGGUGCUGACGCUGAUUUUUGGUCUGAUAGUAUUGUUGGUAUUAAUCUCUUACAACUUUCUACUUCUCCAUUAAAACUUACAAAUGAUCAAAUCAAUUUUUUAAAUGAUCAUCAAAUUGAUUCUAAUAAAGCACAAACGAUUCUCGAUGCGAUUAUUUAUGCAAGAUGUUCAGUAGAUGUACAUAUGAUCACUUUUGGAAUAGGUGGUUCAGCUGCAUUACUUGUUGAAGAUAUUAAUGUAACAGUACUUAGUCGAUUAUGUCAUGAUGUUCUUUCUCAUUACUUGAAAACAGAAAAUAAAGAACAAAAUCGACCAAUAUUUGCUUUCAAAUCUGAAUGGCGAAAAAAUCGUUUUAUCCGUGGUUCAUGUUCAUUUCAUUCGACUAAUUCUACACGAAAUGAUCAAGAUACUUUACGUGAACCGUAUAAACCUGAUGGAAUUCCACGGAUUCUGUUUGCUGGUGAAGCCACUCAUCAACGAUUUUUUUCGACAAUUCAUAGUGCUUUUGAAAGAUUGCACUCAAUACAACGGAUCAAUUCAAUUCCAUUGAAAAGAAUUCCAAUGAAUUAUAUUUCUUUAAUUAUUUUUCUCGGUGUGAUGAUCACUAUGAUUCAUUGUUCGAUUAUUUCUCGAACAAAUAAUCGUAAUGAUGUUGAUCCAUUUGGAUUAAUUCGAGAUAACUAUGGUUGUGAUGCUGUUAUUAAAAGUUGCGGAAAUAAAGGAAAAUGUUGCGAUGUUCAUGAUGCUUGUUACAAACGACAUGGUUGCAAAGCUAUUAGUUGGAUCUAUUUGUGGGGAAAUUGUCGUCAAUGUAAUUUAGAUGUAAUGGCUUGUGCUGUUAGACAAAAUCCAGGAAAAAGUUCAUGUUGUUCAGCUAAAAAUUGUGGACAACCACGACCAUAA